AUGGCUAGGAAUUUGGGCUGGGAAUACGUUAAAAGGAGAUCUUCCAUUAAAAUCCUCUCCACAGUGUUCAAAUACCACUGCGCGCUGAUGUUUCUAGUGACAGUGUUGAACGUUAUGCUUUUUAACCUGUUCAGAUUCUUGAUAACCUCAGCCAGGUCACCAAUAGUCAAUUUCAUAAACGUGUCCAUAAACGUGGCUCCGUCGUUCCUUUUCUUGAUUAUCCUGUUUUGCCUAAAACACAUAUCAUUCAAAGGAUGCUUCGUUAACUCGUUCUACCUGGACAUACUAUCAUUAUCGUCGAUUCUAAUGGUCGUACUAUCGGUGUUGUUCACAGCAAACUCGUUCAUAAAGCUCAAGGUCACGGAGUUCAGACUGUGCUUUGUGCUGACAGGAUGCCUAUUGCACUUUCUGAGAGUAAGAAGACAGAACUUGGACGUGAGCAGAGUGUUGGACAGACAGAAUGUGGCUAGCGUAAGGCUGCGCUCAUACCUAGUGAAGAACAUGGUCCACUGCACACUGUCGUACUUCCUGACGCUGUCGCUCUUCGGAGUGAUGCAACUGGUACACCUGGCGGGACAAUCGACGUUCCCGUCACUCGAUACGCUCAAGUACAGCAACCCGCUCACGUCGUUCGUGUACGACGUAAAUUAUUUCCUCUCGCAGCUGCCAUGCACGACAAACUACUACCACUUCUCGUUCAGCUUCUUGGAGAAGCUGGAGUUGUUCCUGGCGCUCCUCUGGACACUGGCGCUCUGCGACUACUACCUGGAAAUGAUGAACGUGGAAUCGACGCACAUGGACGUGGACCUGAUGCAAAACCUGGAUGCGAUGCCAGUACACAACCAGUCUAGUCUCCAGGACGAGAUUCUAUUUGCAAGAGCAGCCUACAACUACAGUAAAAACAUAUCAUACACGCUGAACAGCGAAACCAUGAAGUACGUGUCAAACCCACCCUCGCUGAAGAUGCCGGAGGAGGAGACGAUGAGGUCGCGGAGGUCGUACAUACAGCCGUUCCGAAAACUUACCGCGGGACCAGGAUAUAAAAACACGAUCAACCUGACGGCGUACGACCUGGAUUCGAAGAAGGAUAGGUAUCAGCUGGAUUUGGUGGUGUAUAAAAUGCUAGCGGACAAUAGCCUGAAUUUCUGGUCAAACUACGUCCAUUCGUGCCUGGAGACGAUGGAAGAAAGCAGGCUUAACUUACACCACCUGGUAGACUACCCGUUCACGAAGGAACAGAAGAUAAACAUACUGGACGAAAACGUGCAAACCUACAAGGGCUCACGCAGCAGGGGAUUCUACACGUCGUUCCAAUCCUUUCUGAUAUACGUAGCAUCGUAUUUUAACUGUUUCCACAAAUCUAAGACAAUAUCAACAAACUUGGUUAACAUGCUACUGCUCUGCAUCGUGUACCUGAGGGGGAUAACAUCGUGGCUGUGCAUCGCGAACAUGAUCGGAACGGAUCAGAACAAAGUCAAGUUCGUGGCGAAGGACGUCAUUCAACACUCACUUAAAAUACAUAAAACAAUAUCGACGCUCAACACAGCUUCAAUACCGACUCACAUAAGGAGUUACCUGGAAACGCUGAAUACAGAUAUCAACAGCACGCUGAAGAAGCUGGCAGUGUUCACAGAAACGCUGCUGUAUUCGAAAUUUGACACGAGCUUUGAAACGUUCAGACAGCUGGAGCAUCUAUUUAAUAAUCGCAGACCGUCGACAUAA